CUGCUGACGGCCAGCGACGCGGCGGCCAGCUCGGUGCCACGCCCCAGCCGGUGCUGCGGGAGCCCCAGCCAUGCUGUUCUGGCACACGCAGCCCGAACACUACAACCAGCACAACUCUGGCAGCUACCUGCGGGAUGUGCUGGCUCUGCCCAUCUUCAAGCAGGAGGAACCACAGCUAUCCCCUGAAAAUGGGGCCCGCCUGCCGCCCCUACAGUACGUGCUGUGUGCCGCCACCUCUCCAGCUGUGAAGUUACAUGAAGAGACCUUGACAUACCUCAACCAAGGUCAGUCAUAUGAAAUUCGGCUGCUGGAGAAUCGGAAGCUAGGGGACUUCCAAGAUCUGAACACGAAAUAUGUGAAGAGUAUCAUCCGCGUAGUUUUCCAUGACCGCAGACUGCAGUACACAGAGCACCAGCAGCUGGAAGGCUGGCGGUGGAGCAGGCCUGGGGACCGGAUCCUGGACAUUGAUAUUCCACUGUCUGUUGGUAUCUUGGACCCCAGGGCCAGCCCAACCCAACUGAAUGCUGUGGAGUUUCUGUGGGAUCCAGCAAAGAGAGCAUCCGCUUUCAUUCAGGUGCACUGUAUCAGCACAGAAUUCACCCCCAGGAAGCAUGGGGGUGAGAAAGGAGUGCCUUUUCGGGUGCAGAUUGACACAUUUAAGCAGAACGAGAAUGGGGAAUACACGGAGCACCUACACUCCGCCAGCUGCCAGAUCAAGGUGUUCAAGCCAAAGGGAGCUGACCGGAAACAGAAAACCGACCGGGAGAAGAUGGAGAAAAGAACAGUUCAGGAGAAGGAGAAAUAUCAGCCGUCCUAUGAAACCACCAUCCUCACUGAGUGCUCUCCAUGGCCCGACGUCGCCUACCAGGUGAACAGUGCUCCAUCCCCAAGCUACAAUGGCUCUCCCAACAGCUUUGGCCUCGGUGAAGGCAACAGCUCACCUACCCACCCAGUGGAGCCCUUACCCCUGGGCAGUGAUCAUCUGCUCCCGUCAGCCUCUAUCCAGGAUGCCCAGCAGUGGCUGUACCGCAACCGCUUCUCACAGUUCUGCCGGCUCUUCGCCAGCUUCUCAGGUGCUGACCUGCUGAAAAUGUCCAGGGACGAUCUGGUCCAGGUCUGUGGCCCUGCAGAUGGGAUUCGGCUCUUCAAUGCCAUCAAAGGCAGGAAUGUGAGGCCAAAGAUGACCAUCUAUGUCUGCCAGGAGAUGGAGCAGAACCAAGUCCUCUUGCCCCAGAAGCAGGAUGGCAGUGGAGACAAUAACCUGUGUGUGUACCACGCCAUCUUCCUGGAAGAGCUGACCACCUUGGAGCUGAUAGAGAAGAUCGCCAGUCUGUACAGCAUCCCCCCGCAACACAUUCACCGGGUUUAUCGGCAGGGCCCCACGGGCAUCCAUGUGGUGGUGAGCAAUGAGAUGGUUCAGAAUUUCGAAGACGAGUCUUGUUUUAUCCUCAGCACAUUAAAAGCAGAGAGCAAUGACGGCUACCACAUCAUCCUCAAGUGUGGACUCUGAGCAGCCGAGACCUGCGUCUGUCCCCACCCCACGCAUCCCCGGCUGUAGAAGUCGCACCCACUGUCGGCCGCUGUUCACCUAACAAGCUCAGACUAGGAGGGACUCUGUCCGGACCAGGAAAGCCAGCGACAGCCAUGGACACAAAGUCUGGCCUGCAGAAAGCCAGCAGUUCCCUUCUCUCUUCUCUUGGCUUUCAGCUUUUCAACAGUUCCCUGCUCUGUUUCCCAGGCAGACAGUGGGGACACACAUCUCUUAAACCCCGAGCCUGUGGUCGGAGGCUCCUUAGUUGGUCCCUCCUGACUACUCUUUGCCUCACCUUGUUCUGCACCUCCUUCUUGGGCCACUGGCUUCAUGGCUAGCUCUGCCAGCCUGACGGGGACACCCACAGCUCUCCUCUAGUACUCACUUCCCUUCUCAUGGACCUGGUGGCAGCCUCUCUCCUGUUCUUGGAUGAAUUACUAGGACUGGGGCUAUUUAUUUUGUGCCUUCCGCCUCUUCCCUCAGUUGCCUUGAUUCUAAGGAGCUGCCACAUUCAAGCCUAGAUGGUGUGUGCAUGUCUGCCUUGACAUGGUUGAUGCCACACUAAGCCGGUGUGACCUCAUGGUCAUUGUAUUAGUUAUUUUUCUAUAGUGUAAUAAGGUAACCCGAUAAAAGCAACUAAGUGCAGACAGGGCCUGUCUGGCUUCUAGAGUUGAGGAGUGAUAGAUUCUGUUAUGGUGAGGACGGUGUAGUGUGGAAAGAU